ACGGGGGUUAGUUCUUUAUCUGGCAAUCCUGCCCUUUGACCACUGACUGUUGAAGCGGGAAACAAGAACCAAACAAAAGUUAACUAGCUCAGACACCAAGUUCAAAACGUUACCUAGCGAAAUAGCUAGCAUCACAUCCAAAGCGAUAAUGCGAAAUAACCAGCGGAUACUAAUAUAAAAGUCAUGCUAAUAUAUCUUUGUGGAAGUUGGUUGGCUCGCACGAGUUAGCCAGCAGCAACGAACAGAACAAGCUGCUCAUAAGGAAGAUCAAUGCUAGCGAGCUGAGCAGUUUCGACUUCCUGCCUAGCAUUCCGCGAGAGGCUGACGGUGUUUGCAUAUGAAGUUGAAUAACAUGAAAUCCAGACGAAUUCAUCAUAAGUCAUCCAAGCCCAGUUUGCAAGAUCUUAAGAUAGUUGACAGUGGGCACACAUCAGCAACGAAGAGCCUGAUCAAACAGGCCGAUGGAAUCCGCUCAGUCGCCAGUAAGCCUUUCAUAGGGAAAGUGUUUUACCUUGAUUUACCAUCAAACAAACGGACAGAGACGCUGGAAAAUGACAUCACAAAGCUAGGAGGGACCAUUGAGAAGUUCUUCAGUAAGGAGAUCAAGUACCUGGUUUCCAAUAAGAAUGAGGCCAGAUAUGUGCAGUACCUGAGCCAGGACUCUCCUGUCCCCAGUCCUGACUCUGGACCCAGCUCUCCCCACCCUCACCCAGGGUUCUGCAGACCCAGCUCUCCUCACCCUCACCCAGGGCCCUGCAGACCCAGCUCUCCUCACCCUCACCCAGGGCUCUGCCCAGGGCUCUGCAGACCCAGCUCUCCUCACCCUCACCCAGGGCCCUGCAGACCCAGCUCUCCUCACCCUCACCCAGGGCCCUGCAGCAUCAGAGGCAGCUCCCAGGGCCCAAACGAUACUGUGGUCCAGAGCAGAGGGAAGUCUUUAGUGGACAGGGUGGUUAAAGAGCAGGAAAGGUUACAAGUCAACAAGACCCUGUCUAAGGCACUAGAGUGGGGGGUGAAAAUCCUCUACAUUGAUGAUAUAACUGCGUAUGUUGAAAAGAAGAAGAAGAAGAAUGUCAGCCUACAGACUGCUGUUGCCUGCAAGAAAACUACCAAACCAGACACAGGAAGACCGGGCUUUCCCCAAUACAAGGCAGGGAGGAUUAAGAAGCCCUUCCUUAAGAUGGAGGACUCAAGCAGACAUUACAGACCGAUUUACCUGGCCAUGCCCAACAUGCCAGAGUUCAGCCUCACAUCAGCCUCCCCCUGUAGUCCCUUCCUCCUGGAGGACAAGGAGCCUGGAAGGUCACCUACACAGCACAGGGCCAGAGGGGCACGGACCUCAGCCAGUGAGGAGAGAGGGCGGAUCAGACCCAGGAAGAACCGGAAACGAGGGGGCUACUGCGAGUGCUGCGUCCUUAAAUACGAAAACAUCAAAACUCACCUUCAGGGUGAGCUCCACAAGACCUUCGCUCAGAGUGACCAGUACCUGCUGGUGGACAGGCUGGUGUCCACUCUGCCGUUCAGCUUCCUCCACAUCCCACCACCCAACAGGCGGCCCAGGUGCAGUAUCAGCUCCACACUGCGUGCUCCUGGCCUGUGUGUGAAGGAGGAGGAGGGGGGGAUGGAUGCCUUGGGAACAGGGAGAGACCAGACUUCGCUCUGGCCUUCCAGAGUGGAGCCCCAGGUCGGAGCAGGACCCCAGGCAGGGCCAGGACCCCAGGCAGGUCCAGGACCCCAGGCAGGUCCAGGACCCCAGGCAGGUCCAGGACCCCAGGCAGGUCCAGGACUCCAGGCAGGGCCAGGACCCCAGGCAGGGCCAGGACCCCAGGCAGGGCCAGGACCCCAGGCAGGUCCCCAGUCCGGGGCAGGACCCCAGGCAGGACCCCAGGCAGGACCCCAGGCAGGACCCCAGGCAGGGCCCCAGGCAGGGCCCCAGGCCGGGGCAGGACCCCAGGCAGGACCCCAGGCAGGGCCCCAGGCAGGGCCCCAGGCAGGGCCCCAGGCAGGGCCCCAGGCAGGGGCAGGACCCCAGGCAGGACCCCAGGCAGGACCCCAGACCGGGGCAGGGCCCCAGGCAGAGGCCGGGGCAGGACCCCAGGCAGGACCCCAGGCAGGACCCCAGGCAGGACCCCAGGCCGGGGCAGGGCUUCCGGUACACCCAGCAGAACACUGCAGUGUCCCCCCCUCCCUCGGACACGCAGCUGAGGAGAGAAGGGGCUCAGACCCUCAGCUUCACACCAGAUCCCUCCCCUGCAAACGACCCUCCAGGCAGGGCUCCCUCCACACACGCACUCCCACCCUCCCCCCAGGGACCAGCCCUGCGCUCUCAUCCGUCGCUGGAGCAGUACAAGAAACCAUUAGUGUUCAUCCUUCUUUCAGUGAGCCUGACACACUGCCCCCUGGUGGCCUGGAGGGUGCGAGUGCCUGCAUGGAGAAGAACAGACCCGUUAGCUGUCAUUGUGGUGAGGUUGUCAAGCGGAGUGUUCCCUCUGGAAACCUGGUGGUUCCUUCCUCACGGCUCUACGUGUUCAUGUCACGACUACAGGAGGAGGAGUUCCCACCAGGGCUGAGCGUGGCAGAGAGAGAGGCCCCCCUGGGGAGAGGGGAGCGGGCUGCUCCUCAGCGCAGGAACAGCAGCCCCUCCCCUGACAGGAAGCUGCACAGGAAGGUCCGGGACUUUAAGCGGAAGAGACGGAAAGUGUCCGUUCAGGCCAGCUCUCCGGGCUGUGGGGAAGCUGGGGAGCUCACCAAGAGCAGCUCCAUCCUGAACAUCUGGCAGCUGUUCCAGUCCAGUGAGGAUAUGGACUGGGAGUUCCAGGGCUUCCCAGGGUGACGAGAGGCAGAGCGGGGCUGUUCCACUAUCCCACUUGAGAACUAAUGCUGAACAGGUUUUUCAAUCUGUUCAAUCUGACUUUUAGUCAUGUUAUGGUGGCCUAGCCCAGACCUGCUCAGCCACUUAUACAGAAUGCACUGUGAUUUAUUAAAGUAAAUGUGUUUUUCUAUGUAGGGAGUGGGGGGGGGGUGUAUUCACAACAAUGUGGAGUGUUAUAGAGUUUAACAUGCCCAGCUUCACCUGGACUGAACAUGCUGUUAAACCUUGUGUUGCUGAUAGGACACCACUGCUGCAUGUGUUUGACUUUGAAAUGAACUGGAGUCUAUUGGUCACCCUGUGGUCCAAGAUGUGACAUCAUACAGGAAGUAGUUAUGGUGUGCAGUCUUAAGGAAUUGAUACAAUAUUGUAUUUAGUGUUUAUAAUACAGAUUGAAGAAUAGAAUGCUAUGAAUAAGUGUGUAUUAAAUGAUUGGGACUAUCUGAAGCCCUGUGCGUGGGACUGUUCCAGAUGAGACGACGUGGGGAAGGUUCAGAAUGUCUACAAUGUCUCAUAAGUAAUAUAGACAAAAUGACUUUCUCAAUCUCAAUAUGGAUCGAAUGACCCCUAAAGGAACAGAGCAUUAGCUUGAUGGGUUUUGAGCUUGCUGUUUGUCUGCAGAUAGUGCAUUAGCUCCAGGCUUUGCUCCCCUCGCUGCUGUAGAGGCUU